ACCGUCACUCUCCGCGAUGCGCAGUUGUCGCCCCGGUUCAGUUGAUCCGUCCGCGCGCUGACGGCGGAAAAGGAUCGAUUUUUUCCUGCUCCCCGACAAAAAUUAUCAUCUUCACAGCUUCACUCCUUCGUAGUCACUAGUCAGUCGACUUUUAUCUCCCAACUUGCGAGGCGAAGAGACAAGGUGGUAAAGGUUUGGGUUCUCAGAGGCUUCGCUUAUGCGGCGGCAGUCAAGCGGUGACAGUUGAGUGAGGACUGAGUGGGUGGCGAGUGGUUCUUGGCAAGAAAGGGGUGAUGGCGCCAGCGCGGGUCGUGUCUGUGGCGGCGGCGGCGCUGCUGGGGGUCGUGGUGUUCUUUGCCGCCGCCGCCGCCUUCCGCGGCGCGGAGGGGAAGUUGUGCACGAACGCGUUCCCGGGGCUGGCGUCGCACACGGAGCGCGCGGCGGCGCAGCUGCGGUCGGCGCCGCGUGCGCCGGUGUCCGAGCUCGUCCACCGCGGCCACGGCCCUGAGCAUGUCCACGGGCUACACCUCACCCCCACUGACGAGUCCACCUGGAUGUCGCUCAUGCCGAGGAGGGCGCUGCGGCGUGAGGAGGCGUUCGACUGGCUCAUGCUUUACCGGAAGCUCCGGGGCGCCGGCGGGGAGGCGCUGCCCGGCGCGUUCCUCUCUGAGGCAUCGCCGCAUGACGUGCGGCUGGAGCCGGGCACCUUAUACUGGCGAGCCCAGCAGACCAACCUGGAGUACCUGCUCCUCCUGGACGUCGACCGCCUCGUCUGGAGCUUUCGCACUCAGGCCGAUCUGAAGGCGCCGGGAACGCCAUACGGCGGGUGGGAGGGCCCCGACGUCCAGCUCCGGGGACACUUUGUCGGACAUUACCUGAGUGCUACUGCCAAGAUGUGGGCAAGCACACACAAUGAUAAUCUCUACACGAAGAUGUAUUCUGUCGUCGAUGCGCUCUACGAUUGCCAGAAGAAGAUGGGCACAGGGUACCUGUCGGCCUUCCCGCCGGAGUUCUUCGACUGGGUUGAAGCCAUCAAGCCUGUCUGGGCUCCUUACUACACAAUCCACAAGAUUAUGCAAGGGCUUCUUGAUCAGUACACAGUGGCUGGGAAUUCCAAGGCUCUUGAUAUGGUGGUGAAGAUGGCUGAUUACUUCAGUGACCGUGUCAAGAAUGUCGUACAGAAAUACAGCAUUGAGAGGCACUGGGAAUCUCUCAAUGAGGAGACUGGUGGGAUGAAUGAUGUGCUCUAUCAGCUCUACAUGAUAACGAACAAUCAGAAGCACUUGACACUGGCUCAUCUUUUUGACAAGCCAUGCUUUCUUGGGUUGCUUGCAGUUCAGGCUGACAGUAUUUCAGGCUUUCAUUCCAAUACACACAUCCCUGUUGUCAUUGGUGCACAGAUGAGGUAUGAAGUUACUGGAGAUCCUCUUUACAAGCAAAUUGCCACAUUUUUUAUGGAUACAAUAAAUUCUUCACAUAGCUACGCAACCGGUGGCACAUCUGCUGGUGAAUUCUGGAUCGAUCCAAAGCGUUUAGCUCAGUCUCUGAGUACUGAGAAUGAGGAAUCUUGCACUACCUACAACAUGCUCAAGAUUUCCCGCAACCUAUUCAGAUGGACAAAGGAAAUAGUAUAUGCAGAUUAUUAUGAAAGGGCGCUGAUAAAUGGUGUUUUAAGCAUUCAAAGAGGGACAGAUCCUGGUGUGAUGAUUUACAUGCUACCCCAGGCCCCUGGACGGUCUAAAGCAGUGAGUUAUCAUGGUUGGGGAACAAAGUAUGAUUCAUUCUGGUGCUGUUAUGGGACAGGGAUAGAAUCCUUUUCAAAACUUGGCGAUUCUAUUUACUUUGAGGAGAAAGGAGAUAUGCCAGUACUAAACAUCAUUCAGUACGUACCGAGCACUUUCAACUGGAAGACAGCUGGGCUUACUGUUACUCAGCAAAUCAAACCCCUCAGCUCUUCUGAUCUGUAUCUUCAAAUUUCACUCUCCAUUUCUGCAAAUACAAAUAGUCAGCCUGCCAAAUUGAAUGUGAGAAUUCCAUCAUGGACAUCUGCUGAUGGUGCAAAAGCAACUUUAAAUGGCAAAGAUUUGGGGUCAAUAUUUCCAGGGUCUUCCCUCUCAAUCACCAAACUGUGGAACUCAGGGGAUCGCUUAUUACUACAAAUUCCCAUCAGGCUAUGGACUGAAGCAAUUAAAGAUGACCGGCCGGAGUAUGCAUCUCUUCAAGCAGUUCUAUUUGGGCCAUUUGUUCUUGCUGGCCUAUCCACUGGUGACUGGGACGCGAAAGCUGGCAAUGCAACAGUCUCAGAUUGGAUCACUGUUGUCCCUUCAUCAUACAACUCACAACUGGUGACCUUCACACAAGUAUCCAAUGGGAAAGCAUUCGUUCUCUCAAGCGUGAACGGGACCCUAACAAUGCAAGAACUUCCUGAAGUCGACGGCACUGACACUGCCAUCCAUGCAACAUUCAGAGCACACUCUCAGGAUUCAACAGGGCUGCAUGACAUCUACAGCACAACCAUUCAGGGAAUUUCUAUGCUGAUCGAACCAUUUGACUUGCCAGGAACAGUGAUCACCAACAACCUUACCCUAUCUGCACAGAAGGGCUCAGAUUCCCUCUUCAACAUAGUACCUGGGCUUGAUGGAAAUCCCAACUCGGUUUCCCUUGAGCUUGGGACCAAACAAGGAUGCUUCUUGGUGACAGGCGCAAAUUACUCUGCGGGGACAAAGAUUCAGGUCAGCUGCAAGAGUUCUCUUCAGAGCAUUGGUGGGAUACUCGAGCAGGAGGCGAGCUUUGUGCAGACUGCUCCGUUGAAGCAGUACCACCCAAUCAGCUUCGUCGCAAAGGGGGUGAGGAGGAACUUCCUCCUGGAGCCAUUGUACAGCUUGAGGGACGAAUUCUACACGGUUUACUUCAACAUUGGGGCCUGAGUCCCCAAGUUUACACUUGCAGUAGAAAUAAUCCAGAAUAACACACGUCCUCUUUCUUCUCAUAUACUGUAGUUUAGACAAGGCAAUGAAAGAGGAAAUGAGCCGUUUCAUGUGUAUCCCUCUCAUAUAUUCACUUUAGUGCAAUAUUGAGCAAGUCAGACCUCCGUUUCUUA